UCAAACAACAACCAGCAGUGGCUGCAGAUUGAUCUCCUCAAAGGGAAGAAGAUAACCGCUAUCACAACCCAGGGUUGCAAGUCCAUGUCUACGGAGCAGUUUGUGAAAACCUACGCCAUCCUUUACAGCGAUGAAGGCACAGAAUGGAAACCUUAUAUGGAUGACUCCACUUCAGUGGGAAAGGUAUUUGGGGGGAAUGAGAACAGCAGCGGACAGGUCAAGCAUUUCUUAAAUCCACCCAUAUUUUCCAGGUUCAUCCGCAUUGUUCCUAAAACCUGGAAUCGAAGCAUUGCUCUUCGGGUAGAACUCUUUGGCUGUGAUCCUUCCUAGGUGCUGGACACACAGAGUACACAUGAACAAAGGAUUGCCAAGUCUGGGAGCCUUACACCUUUCAGCAUAGAAUCAUAGAAUAUCAGGGUUGGAAGGGACCUCAGGAGGUCAUCUAGUCCAAACCCCUGCUCAA